CAAAAAGUGUGAGUCGAUAGCAGAACAUUAUCAUCGUAUCUCUUUGGUCAUAGUGUUUGUUCUCUGAUCACUUAUUGAGAGAAUAGAUUUUCUCUUCUUGGCUGUUCCAUGUGUAAUUGUCUUUUCGGAACGUUCUACGUACUGAUUUGUACAUAUUGAUUGAAUUAUUAAAAUAGUACUUACCUAAUCAAUAUGCGAAACGUUGAGAUAAAAGCGAAAAUAACAGACUUUAAAAUUAUUUGUGAGAAAGCCGAACAGCUCAGUGGAGGGCCACCAACGAUUAUAAAACAAGAUGACACUUUUUACAAAGUGAACAAUGGUCGACUGAAAAUGAGAUUCUAUGCGGACUCUUCUGCUACGUUGGUUCGCUACGAUCGUGAAGACCAAGAUGGCCCAAAGCUCAGCGACUAUGAACUCUUAGACUUUUCUAUUGCCGAAAGCGAAAAAGCGAAAUUGCUCGACAAAAUGCUAAGCAAGUGUAUGGGAAAAAGAGGAAGGGUGGUCAAGGAAAGGAGACUAUACAUGGUUGGGCAGACCCGUGUUCAUAUUGACAGCGUUCAAGAUCUUGGCAACUUCAUGGAACUAGAGGUUGUUCUACGCCCAGACCAAUCCGUUGAAGAAGGUCAGGAAAUAGCUAAGGACUUGCAGAGCAAACUAGGUGUUAAUGAUGAGGAUCUCAUAGAGUGUGCUUAUGUAGAUUUAUUGGAUAAAAAAACUGAAUAAAUGUG